GCAAACGAAAACUAACAUAAGAAAAAUCAAGAGCCGCGCGCCAAAGCAUAAAGUACUAGGUUGUGAAGUGUUGGUCGCGCGUGACGCUGGUUAUUCUUCUUCCACUUCGUUUGUAUUAAGGUUGUUGUUUAUGGCGAACAUAGAAGAGGCAGGACCAUCUCAGCAGCUUCCAAACCCCUUCGUUGAUGAACCCACAAGGAUUCUCUUAGAAAAAUAUUUGAAGAUUUUGAAGGAUUUUGUUGCUUCAAACGAUCAAGUGUUCAAAUUGCAAGGUAACUUGUCCAGUGAAGAACGCGGUAUAGUGGUCAGAAUAUGCAGCCUUAUGGGGUUAGGUACUAGAUUUAGUGGGAGUGGGAAUGAACGGAAGAUAUGUGUUUACAUAAAGGAAAUUGAAGAGGCAAGUCAGGCUGUCAUGUCAAAGAAAAGGAAGGACAGAGAUGAGUCAAGUACAUCUCAGGUUCAAGAUCCCAUUGUUGAUGAACUCAAUAGGAUUUGGAUUUCCCAAAUAUUAGGAAAUUUUUUAGCUUCAACUGAUGAAGUGUACAAUUUUGAAACUAAAUUGUCUAGCGAAGAACGUGGUUUAGUGUAUCAAUUUUGCCAAAAAAUGGGGCUUAUUUAUACACUUUCUUGGCAUGGGAUUAAACAAAAAGUAUCUAUUCACAAAACAAAAAAGGAUGUUGACAGCACUGCCUUGUUGGAGAGUCUUCCUCAUGUCACAUUUUCUGAAGAAUCAAAUCAGGUUGCCAGACUGAAGGAAUCUCAUAAGAAAGAGGAGGCAGAGCCACCUCAGCAUCAGAAUUUCAUUGUCAUUGAGUCCAAAAGGGUUCAGAUUUCCCGGAUAUUAGAAAAUUUUUUAGCAUCAAACGAUGAAGUGUACAAUUUUGAAGAUGAACUGUCAACUAAAGAACUUGCUAUAGUGCAGCAGUUAGCCCAAAAAAUGGGCUUGAGUUGUACAUUUUCUGGGCGUGGCAUUAAAUUUAAAACAUCUGUUCAGAAAAUCAAAAAGGAAGUUGACACCACUACGGUGUUGGAUAGUCGUCCUCAUAUCACGUUUUCUGAAGGGUCAAAUCUGGUGAAUAAAGAGGAGCUAGAGCCACCUCAGCAUCAAAAUCCCAUUAUCAAUGAAUCGACAAGGAUACAAAUUUCGCAAACAUUAGAAAACUUUUUAGCAUCAAAAGACAAAGUGUACAAAUUUGUAGUUAAAUUGUCUCCUGAAGAAUGUGAUGCAGCGCGUCUAUUAUCCCAAAAAAUGGGGUUCAGAGUUAGAAUAUCUGGCCACGGGAAUAAACAGAAAUUAUAUGUUUACAAAAUCAAAAACAAAAAUGGCACCACUGGUGGCACCACUGGUACCACUACCAGGUUAGAAAGUCUUCGGCAUUUCAACUUUUCUGAAGAGUCAAAGCAGUUAUUAGUUGGUUUAGCAAUGCAUUAUCCACCUGGUGAUGAAGAGUUUUGGGGAGACAUGAUUGGAACAAUUAGGGACACUACUGACAAAACAGAACAAAAGGAAGAUGAUUUUUUUGGCAGGCCCAAUAUGAGCAAUGCCGAAGUUACUAAGAAAUUGGAGGACCUUGCUGCUAGAAUGAGGAAUCCCUGUGACUUGGAACCGAUCUUUACAAGGAGAUCUAAGCUUCCGAUUGCAUCCUUCAAGGAUGUCAUUACAUCAACUGUUGAAUCUCGCCAGGUAGUUGUCGUAUGUAGUGAGACUGGUUGUGGAAAGACCACGCAGGUCCCACAAUUUAUUUUGGAUCAUGUAUGGGGUAAGGGUGAGGUCUGUAAAAUAGUUUGCACUCAGCCUCGACGUAUCUCUGUGACUUUAGUUUCCGAGAGAAUCUCCAGUGAGAGAGGAGAGACUAUUGGAAACAAUGUUGGAUACAAGAUAUGGUUAGAAAGCAGAGGUGGAAGGCAAUCAUCAAUCAUAGUGUGCACCACUAGUGUUCUGUUGAAGGUGUUGGCUUCUAAAGGUUCUUGUUGGUCAAAGACACUGUCUGUGAAGGAAGAGUUUUCUGGCAUUACUCACAUAAUUAUGGAUGAAAUUCAUGAAAGGGACCAAUACUCCGACCUCAUGUUGGCAAUCUUCAGAGAGAUGCUCCCUUCAUAUCCCCAUCUACGCCUGGUACUAAUGAGUACUACUGUUGAUGCUGCAAGAUUUUCCCAAUAUUUUGGUGACUGCCCAGUUAUCCACGUUCCUGGGUUCACAAAUCGGGUCAAAACUUACUAUUUGGAAGAUGUACUUUCUAUUGUAAAAUUCGGAGAAGAUAAUCAUCUGGAUAAUAACCAUGAGUUGAGUCAGGAAGAGAAGCUUUAUCUGGAUAAAGCCAUUAAUUUGGCUUGGUCUAAUAACAGCUGGUGCCCGCUGAUAGAGUUUGUUUAUUCUGAAGGUAGCCCAAAGGUCUUCAACUAUCAGCAUUCAAAAACUGGCCUUACUCCGUUAAUGGUGUUUGCUGGAAAAGGUAAAGUGAGUGAUGUGUGCAAGCUUUUAUCCUUAGGGGCAAACUGCCAUUUGAGGGCCAAAGAUGGAACAACAGCACUGGAGAUUGCUGAGAAAAAAAAACAGCAAGUAGCUGCUGAAAUGCUGAAGAAGCACAUGGAUAAUGAUUUUUCUAAUGAGGAAGGGGUGAAGUUACUCGAUAAAUAUCUUGCAACAGUUGAUUCUGAACUUGUUGAUGUUGUUCUGAUAGAGCAGCUGAUAAGAAAAAUAUGUAGUGAUUCAAAAGAUGGAAGCAUCCUUAUUUUUCUUCCAGAUUGGGAUGAGAUAUGUAGAACUUAUGAGAGAUUGCUUGCAUCCCCAUUCUUCAAUGAUACUGCAAAGUUUAGGGUCAUAUAUCUGCAUUCAAUGGCUCCAUCCAUUGGGCAAAAGGUUUUUAUGCGCCCGCCUCAUGGUUGCCGCAAAAUUGUUCUUUCAACCAAUGUUGCUGAAAAUGCUGUCACCAUUGAUGAUAUAGUGUAUGUUAUAGACACUGGGCGUAUAAAAGAAAAAAGUUAUGAUCCUUAUAAAAAUCUUUUAACUCUUCAAUCAUCUUGGAUUUCAAAAGCAAGUGCUAAGCAACGAGAGGGACUAGCUGGCCGCUGUCAACCUGGGAUUUGCUAUCAUCUCUAUUCAAAGUUUCAAGCAGCUUCCUUGCCAAAAUUUCGGGUUCCUGAAAUUAAGAGAAUGCCUAUUGAGGAGCUUUGCCUGCAGGUAAAGUUGUUUGAUCCAAGCAGAAAAAUAGAAGAGUUUCUGAGCAAGACAUUAAAUCCACCGGUGUUUGAGUCUAUACAGAAUGCUAUUGCAGUUCUCAAAAUUAUUGGAGCAUUGUCACCUGAUGAAAAACUCACCCGUCUGGGGGAGAAGUUUGGCUAUCUUCCUGUUCACCCAGCAACAAGCAGGAUGCUUCUUUUUUCAAUAUUAAUGAAUUGCCUCGAUCCAGCUUUAACUCUAGCAUGUGCAUCUGAGUAUAGUGAUCCAUUUAUGCUUCCAAUUUUGCCUGAUGAAAAGGAGAGAGCUGCAGCUGCCAGAUCUGAACUUGCUUCCUUGUAUGGGGGUUGUAGUCACCAGUUUGCUGUAAUAGCAGCAUUUGAAUGCUGGCAAAAUUCAAGCAGAAUGGGUCUAGAAGCACGGUUUUGUUCUCAGUACUUUGUCUGUCAAAACACUAUGCACAUGGUAUCUGCCAUGCGUAAGAAACUAGCAACAGUACUAUUUCAAAAUGGGCUUAUCCGUGACGAUGUUUCAUGUUAUUCCUUGAAUGCCCAUGACCUGGGUAUACUCCAUGCCGCUUUAGUAGCAUGGAGGUAUCCAAUGGUUGGGAAAUUGUGUGUAGAUAAUAGAAAUGUGAAAAACGUUUUUGUUAAAACUGAAAGUGGUGAUAAAGUUUGCUUGGAUUGUCAAUCCCCAAAUUUUAAGCUGUUAUCUCAGAAAAGAUUUGAUUGCUCUUUAGUAGUAUAUGAUGAGAUUACUCGCGGUGACGAGGGUAUGAGCAUAAGGAACUAUACCGUUGUCGGACUACUUCCGUUAUUACUGUUUUCCAGAGAUAUUGUUGUUGCUCCAGCAAAGGAUUGUAAAGCAGGAGAUAAGUUUAUGUCUUCUGAUAAUAUAGUUAGAGUAAUCAUAGACAGGUGGCUUAAUUUUGAGUCAACAGCACUUGAUGUUUCUCAUAUGUACAACUUGAGAGAGCGAUUAUCAGCAGCAAUUUCAUACAAAGUGACACGUUCAACGGGCGGUCUUCCUCCCACUCUAGGCGCCACUAUGGAUGCCUUAGCUUGCAUUCUAUCUUGUGAUGGGCUCUCUGGCAUACUACAGACAUCAGAUGAUGCUGACACACUGGCUACUGGUGCAAAUGCAUUCAAAUUAGGCAAGCAAGCAAAAUGGACAGAGCAGGUUGGUAAGAAUCCAGAAGGAUCCCGGCUUAUAAAUCAAGAUGCAUCUGAGACCAAUCUUUCAUCUAAUGUUAGUUUAUCUUCAUCUAAGGCCAUUGUAAAUCCAAGUGUCCAAAGUAAUCAGAAAGCUCCAAUAUGUUUCGCUUGCUCAAUCCCAACAGAGGAGAAUGAUAUGAUUCCAGAUGGAUCCUGUACAGGGCUUAUAAAUCACGACACACUGCCUUCGUCUGGAAUUAGCAUAUCCACAUCCAAGGGCAUAGAAAAUCCAUGUGAUCCAAAAAAUCAUAACAUUGCAAUUGGUUCAGCUUGCUUAAUCCCUACAAAGCAUAAAGCUAAGAAUCCAGAAGAAUCUCAUACAGAGCUUAUAAAUCAUGAUACAUCCAUGACUGAUGUUCCUUCUUCUGAAGAUAGCAUAUCUGCAUCCAAGUGCACAGAAAAUCCAAGUGACUCAAAUAGUCAGAAGUCUCCAACAGUGAGUCACUAUCAAAAGGUUGCGGUGGGGUGGACCUUUCCUGAGGUGGGAUGGAUGAAAGCUAAUGUAGAUGGAUCCUGUAAGGAAGAGGGGCGUCUUCCUGGCUGUGGAGGAGUUUUUCGUGAUUCCACAGGUUCUUGGAAAUUCGGCUUUGUGCAAAACCUUGGAGCUUAUUUCUCUGGUGUUUUUCCAGAUGAGAAGAUUCAUCGGUCUACUUUAAUGACUGAGCUGUGUGGUAUUCUCACUGCCCUCAAACUUGCUAGGGAGAAGGGUAUCUCGCAGCUGUGGAUUGAGUCUGAUUCAGCUUUUGCAGUGAAGUUUUCUAAUGAUAGUAGUAAUGUAUUGAAUGAUACUCCUUGUGACUCUGUAAUCCAGUCCAUACAUGAGUUGAUGAGAGAAAACUGGACGGUUCGAAUUUCACAUUGUUAUCGUGAAGGGAACCAAGUUGCUGACUGGUUGGCUAACUAUGCGCAUAGUACUGAGCCUGGAGUUCAUGUUCUUGAUGUCCCUCCUCCUGAAUGUAUCAAAUACCUAACUGAGGAUAUUGCUGGACUUUUUAGAAACCGUGUUGUACUUGAGAGGAAAGUUUUAUUGGACUAGGAAAUCUAUAACAUAAAUCAGCCAGAAGAUUACCCUUUGUAUUAUUGAGCAAAACAUGUAAAUGAGUCGUCAUGUGAGCUUUUCACAUGGCCAUGAAGAGAGAGAGAGGCAAAAGACCAAGAUUGGUUUGUAAGGCCCAUCG